GUUUUUACAUGUAAUUUCUCAUCAUGUGAAAAAUAGAGUCAUUAGAUUUCGAUUUAUGAGAUCUGGUGAGACUAUUAGCAAGUUUUUUCACAAUGUGUUACAUUCAAUCAUUCGACUACAUGGAGCGUUAUUGAAAAGACCUGAACCGGUUGUUGAAAACUCAACAGAUGAAAGGUGGAAAUGGUUCAAGAAUUGCUUAGGGGCACUAGAUGGAACUCAUAUUAGAGUGAGAGUAUCUAUGGCUGAUAAACCAAAAUAUUGUACUCGAAAAGGUGAAAUAGCUACAAAUGUCUUAGGUGUAUGCUCCCAAGACAUGCAAUUCAUAUAUGUGUUACCUGGAUGGGAAGGCUCUGCGGAAGAUGGUAGAGUUUUACGUGAUGCCAUACGUAGAACAAAUGGUUUGUGUGUUCCAAAUGGUAUGCUUUGUGUUUUAGAUUAUACAUUUUUUUUUGGAUAAGUCAUUUAGGAGACAACUUAAUCCUUAUCUUUAUUUUAUUUUAGGUCAUUAUUACCUUGUAGAUGGUGGAUAUACUAAU